ACGGGCAAGUGAAACGAACAUUAACGGCGGCAAGAUCUACACUGUAUCCAAACAAAAUGGGCUGCCUUACCAAUUGUUUGUUCUGCCCCCUCAUUUUUUGGCCGUCCAUCAUCGGAUUGGCUGCCUACUUGCUGAGAAAAUACAUGCAGGGCGGUCAGUUCAUCAAGCAGACCGAUGAGACCGGCAAGGUGUUCAUUGUCACCGGCGCCAACACGGGCAUUGGCAAGGAGACGGUCCUGGAGAUUGCCAAGCGAGGAGGCACCGUGUACAUGGCAUGCCGGGAUAUGAACCGGUGCGAGAAGGCGCGCCAGGAUAUUAUCAGGGAGACAAAUAACCAGAACAUAUUCUCUCGGGAACUGGACUUGAGUUCGAUGGAAUCCAUUCGCAAAUUCGCUGCUGGAUUCAAGAAAGAGCAGGAUAAGCUCCAUGUCCUGAUCAACAAUGCAGGAGUUAUGCACUGUCCCAAAACUCUGACCAAGGAUGGCUUCGAAAUGCAGUUGGGAGUAAACCAUAUGGGACACUUUCUGCUCACCCACUUGCUGCUGGACGUGUUAAAGAAAACUGCACCCAGUCGCAUCGUGAACGUAUCCAGCCUGGCGCACACCCAUGGUUCUAUUAACACUGCCGAUCUAAACAGUGAAAAGUCGUACAGCAGAAUCGGUGCCUAUAGUCAGAGCAAGCUGGCCAACGUCCUGUUCACCCGGGAACUGGCCAAGCGCCUGGAGGGAACGGGGGUCACAACCAACUCCCUACAUCCCGGUGCCGUGGACACGGAGCUGCAGAGGAAUUGGAAGUUCCUGGAAAACCCCUUUGCACAGCUACUGGUCAAGCCCCUCCUGUGGGUGCUCUUCAAAACCCCUCGCAAUGGAGCGCAGACCACUCUCUACGCAGCCCUAGAUCCUGCACUAAAGGAUGUUUCCGGGCUCUACUUUAGCGACUGCCGGCCCAAGGAAGUGUCUGCAGCUGCCCAGGACGACAAGACUGGAAAGUUCCUCUGGGCGGAGAGCGAGAAGUGGACCGGCGUGAAUUCAACCAAAGUUGAUUAAGUUUAUCCCUCGCCAUUUCAUAAUUUAUUAUUUAAUAAUUUAUCAUAAUGAAGACUAAUGCAAACUGUAACAAUUUAUGUUGAAAUUCUUACGGAGUGCGAAUUCUACAAGC